GCUAUCGCCCGCCAUCGCAGCACAAGACGAUUGAAUCUGUCCUCGCGAGAGGGGAGCAACUCGACUCCCUCGUCGAGAGGUCGAAUACGCUGCAGCAGAGUAGCAAGAUGUUUUACAGGGUGAGUGCGAGGGCGAUGAGGCGAGCGAAGCGCUCAAUGAGAGGUUUCGAAGAAGGUCUCGAGCGGAGAGCUGACUGUGCCACCACUACCUCUUCCUCUCCCUCUCGUGGCCGAUCCCCAAUCUCCUGCUCGCUCCUGGCUCCCCUCGCACAGACUGCGAAGAGGUGAGUGACAAGGCGGAGGCGCAGUCCUCUUUAUCGAGUUCAGACUAGCUUCGGUCCUGCUGACUACCUUCUCACCUGCCCUUGUUCCCCCGUAGGCAGAACUCAUGCUGCAUCGUCAUGUAGGGCCUCGAUAUCGCUAUUGCUUCUCUCUGUCAUGACAUCUCUUUGCUGCCAAAGCGGGCUCGCUGUUUGCGAUGGCUGCCGAUCUCUCCUCACUGUCUUUCCUCUGUUUCCCAUGAACAUCGCCGUCGUCUUCCUUGCCGUCAUCUUCCUCAACCUUACCAUCUCUUCCUUCCCUCCCACUCCUCAUCCGUAGUUGACGUGCAAACUCACACUCUCGCCCUGACGUCAAUUGAGUCCGUCGGCGUCUUUCGAGCUUGUCUGUCAGUCUUGCGCAGGGCGGCGGCCCCUUUCCUCUCACGCGCUCGAUGCUGCUGCUGCUGCUGCACUGCAUCGCCGCGCCUCUUGAGAUGAUGCGCCUUGUGGUGUUGGUUUUUGGCGCAGCGCCCUGUGCUCCACAUUGAAUUGGGCCAACCAAACCAACGCAGGGCACAAAGUGCGAGGGAGGUUAAGAAGG